CCAGUUGUUCAAACCAAGUUUUGUCACUAACGCUGGCGCUCAUUUGCAUAUUUUUGUAGCUCAUUAGCAUAUUUGGUGCCUCAUUUGCAUAUUCAGUACCUCAUUUGCAUGUCUGCUUUUGCACAUUUCUUCGCACAAAAAGUGGGGCGGUCAGCGGUUGCGUAACUUGAACGCAAUGCGCCGAAAGGUCAGUUUCCGGGACAGCGAAACCAUACACGAGGAUGAAAUCGAAGGUAGCGAAUCGGACAAGACCUCGGAGAAAUCCACCAGUGAAAUCGACAACAAUACGUUUGAGAAGGUCCAAAGUGUGAUGCAGGAGGAGAAAUUGACAUUGGAUCAGAAGAUGGCGUUGAAGAUGAUACGAGGAUCUUUCAAAAUGGCGGACGGCGCAGAUGUAUUAUCCGACGAGCAGUUGCAACGUACGUUAAACAUCUAUCGCCUCGCGACGCAGAUAUCUUUAGAGACGAUCUUGAUUGGUGUCAACCCGUCGAGUAUUUUCUCGUCGUUGGCGCGUUUUGGUUCGCGUUACAUCAAGGGUCAGGAACCGGAGGCGUCGGCGUCGAUGUUGAUUUGGCCGGAGGGGAAACUACAACCAAUAGAGGGCAUCACCGAGGACAUAGAGUUGCAGGAUCCGUUUGACGCUGAGGAGACGACGAUUCUACCUAUGACGAGGUUGAAUAUGAUGUCGCCGAGCUUCCCGAAUAUUAUUCGUCCGGACAUCGCGGUGAGAUGUGUUACUCGUAUGGGUGGAAUCUAACCGUGUUGUUUAUAAUCUGAUUUUGAAAAUUGUUUUAUAAUUUUGUCCUAAUCGUUAAUUGCACAGUGUUAUUUAUCUGAGAAAGUGUUUCGUAACUCUGAGUUCACACCGCUGAUUCUUUUACAUGUUGUUUUAAGCUUUGCACUAUUUUGUGUAAUUAUUAAAGGAGGAGUUGUUUUAUUCACUGUCAGAUCUGAAUAAUUGUGCCACUGGAGGGGUUAUUCUGGGCUCAAUCAAAUUUGGACACAAUCAUUCUCCCAACUCUGUCUUCACC